CACUUUGACAAAAGACGUUUCUUCAUUUUCGAAAGAAGCCGUUGUUGUAUCCUUGUAAACGCGCGAGGUGUCCAGUGAUAUAGAGAUUCUCCUGCGGAUUAAAUGUUCCUCGAGUCGCAAAGGUCUGAGAGCUAAUGUUUCGUGAGAUCUACCGAAGCCGACGAAGAAGGUCCAAGGAGAAAGACGAAGGAGAAGUCUCAGAAGGAUUAUUUCCCUAUGAGUCUCUCAAGAUGAUAGACUCUGGUCGACUGAACAGCAGCCUCGCGACGGCGCUACGAGACAGGUCGACGUGCAUCCCGGUGCAACCGAAUCGCUCGCUGCCUUUAAGACCGGUACCACCGAUGCCAAUACCCACGAGGAACGCGAUGGUCAAGCUUCCCAAGGAUUCUCCUAUUCUGAUGCUGGCGCACAUGAUUCCGCCAAAGUCCAACGAUCGUGUCAACGGAUCGGAGGGCGAACCAAAUGUGAUUUGCUCGUCGAGAGAUCAGAGUGCCGAGAAGCAACAUUUAUUUGAAUUUCAAAACGAGAGCGACAGCGACGUCAUUAUAACAGACAACUUUUCGGACGGAUUGGACGGUCAGGUGAAGAGGAAGAUUGGCAACCUUGAAGGUGAACUCUUCAAAAUCAAUAGGAAGAAAGAGAAGGAAUCUCUGGAGCAUCGGAACAUAGGUGAAAAUGUAAUCAAGGGGAAUAGAAGUGAUAAUCGGAAUUCGAACGAUGCCAAUGAUUCCUUGAUUGUGAACUAUUCGAAUAAUGAAAAGAUACCUCCGUUGAAACUUAGGAAGGUCUUGCAGGGAAAUACCGAGAAGGCGGAUCGUUUGGCGAAGGAAAAAAAAGCAGAGGAAAUGACAAACUAUAGAAUAGUGUCAGGUAGGACACCUGCUCCGACAUCGCCGUUCACGGAUAUUACAUUCCCCGGAUUGGAGAUUGAUUUUUCAUCCGCGACGCUUCACAUUCUUGAAGGAAACGUCAGUCAAGUUGACCUCACGGUGGUUUCGCAGAGUAGCACCAACGUAGAAGAUAAAUCCGGCGACUGUGGAAAAUUGAACUUGGCCUUCCGUGCCGAUGAAAGCUCAUUGUCGCGAGUCCAAACAAAUGCGACAGUUGAGAAUUCAAUUGAAGAUGAAAUAUUGAGCGCGAUUACCCAAGAAAGAAAUAAUAACAGAGAAUUGAUUUCAAUGCAAAAACAGCAGAAACAUUACGACGUAGCGCAAGUCAUCCCGAAGUGUCCGGCUUCCGUACCAAUCUCUGUAGCUAAGAGGCACAAGAUCUCUGCAAAAGCGACGGUAAUGCGAAAACCCUUGGACUCGAAAAUGCCAAUAACAAAGAGUCACGAGGAGAACGCAUGCAACUUACCUUCCAUGCCGCUACUCGAAUUCGAUUUCGAAGAACAUAAAGAAAAAGUAAAAGUUCAAUCAGCGACUCGUAAGACAAACGAUCGAGAAAUCGUAUCCGAUGAUUUUAGUGUAAAGGACAAUAUUAGAGCUUCGAGGAACGAAUCUCUUCUUCCCGAAGGAGACUCGAAAGAGAGCAACGACGCUGGUCCUUCAGUUUACGUGGAAGAUCUGCUCUUGGAUAGCAUCUCCCUGGAGAGCAGGUCAACCUUAUCGGUAUCCCCGAGGACGCAGGAGGGCGUGAACGAGUUAGAGAGAUUGAAUGAGCAGGGAAAGCAGGAGCCUGGAGAUGAAAAUUCUGAAAGAGUAAUCAAAGAUAAGUGCAGACGAUUCGAGGAGAAUAAAAUGCAGGAAUUGCUCCAGCAACAGUUGGAAGCUGCUGCUAGAUAUCAGAAACGUACCGGUCCAAAAAGAACGUACGUACGAGAAGAAGCUACUGAGCAUCGCGAGACAAUGUCUUCGGAUGAAAGUUGUUGCAUGGAACAGGACGAGGAACAGGAGCACGAGCAGCUUUACGAUUUUAAAAAUUCGUCAACUAACUCAGCGUCAAUCGUACGGAGAAGCGUCGAGGAGCAAUUGCAGUAUCGUCGAACUAAACUUCGAAUCAUGUUGCAGGAACUGAAGAUGCAAACGGGGCUAUUGAAAAAGCAAAUGGAAUCAGUACCACCUGACGGUUUCCAGCGGGGCAGAGUUCAACAGAUGAUCAACUGUACUGAAAAACAAGCCGAGAACUUGACCAAGCAACUGAACAAGCUCUCCGGUGAGAUGGACACAAAGAACAAGGAGGAAAAUAAGGUUCAGUGCAUUCCGCAGAAAGAUCCGCCCUCUCCCGAGCCACCAAAACUCUCCCCCACCUUACCCUUCAAUUAUUCUCGCGGAUCUUCCUCCCACUUGCGGAACAGUCCGCCGGUCCUGCCAAGAGCUGGACCGUCUUUGGUGUCUGAAAUCUACGAUUCAGCGAGCAAAUCUACUACUAGACAAUCGCCCAGCACUUCAGCGUGUCCCUCGUUAGAUGCGAAAAGAAUUUCAGAACCCUUGAGAAGAGACACAGUGGUCCCUUCUUGUUUAGCUAACACGAGAAAGGACGGUCCGUUGUCGGACACGGAACGAUUACGCGCUUUGAACACUCUGAUGACGCUCGUAGAGAGCAUCCCGAACUACGCGAAGAAUCCACAGCAGGCUGCGAGCGAGAGCCACUUUUCCAGCCAAAGGUCAGUGGCGGUCGGCGAGACUCGGGCAUUGACGGGAAAGAGUAUAGGAAACAUGCAUGGAGAACAAAGCGCAGCCUUGCGCUACCCGGGCAACGUAACGAGUUUGCAGACAUCGUGUAACCUACCCGGCAGCUGCAUCCAGAUUGAAAAUCCUGGAGGCGCAAACGUUUACCGCAAAGCAAACGGACUCGUCGAAGCGAAUUCUGCUCAGGCAAACUCUGUUCCGUCCGGCUCGUUUGCUAGGACGAGCGCGACCUUCGACAACACCGCACAGCCCAUCGAAUACGGAAGACCCGCCGACGCAGGAAAUAUGCAGAUUAAUAACAAUGUUACUACAAUCCUUCCUGCGAAAUCCAACUUCAAUGGAAACGGAACGUUUUAUCAGAACUUUGGCCCUCAGGAUUGUUCCGUCUUAGCGAGAACAGCUUUGCCUCAACAGAUUCCCUCGAAAAUUACUCAAGCUUCCGCAGCUGUAGGGCCCACGAUUCGAUCAGCAUCUCAUCGUAGCAGAGCGUCAGUUCCCGGUAAGCCUACUGGUCAGUCCUAUCGAGCUCAGCAAUUGAACACGAAGAUGGACACCGGUAAACUUCGAUCGACGAAGAGGUCAAAAAGCGAUACUUCUCAAAAAGACUCCAGUCAGCGUACUAACCGUCAAAUAAUGAGCGAAAAUUUUCCAACUCUUGGAAACUGGAUAGCUCAAAUGUCGCAACAACAAAUUCCGACGAAAUCAGCAGUCAAAACGCCGUCCAGCAUCCCCACGAAGUUAUCGUCGGAUGUCAUCGCACCCGCCAUCACAACCUUGGAGGACCCCUCAAAUUUUCGGGUUCCUGGAUCGGAUAUGUAUAAGAUGACUGCUACUGCCGUGGACAUGCCCAUGAGCAUCAAAUUGAACAACAUCAAUGGACAUUGGAAAAACAAUAGGUGGGAAGAAAAUUCGAUUGCACUUCAACAAGAAUUUCGCCCAACUGGAGCGGCGCAGCUUUAUCAAAAUAACUUUAUCGGCUACCCUUACGGAACUACGUUCGGCUAUCAUCCACUCUAUGGUUACCGAACAUUUACGUAUCCUCAUCUACACCCAGGAUCUAUGAAUCCACAUCAGGUUAUGGUCGACUCGCUGAAUAGUCGUUUAGGACAAAAUACAGAGGGACUCGCAAACCUUCAAGGAACCGAACAAUUCACGACAGAGAUGAUGAAGCACCAAAUCCUAGCGGCAGCUUUUCCGAAUCAGAACAUCAAUUCAGAAUACGUGCAGCCAACUACUAUUGGUCAAAGUAUUGGACCAAACCGAACUGUCCUACAUGCCAGCACCCAGAACGAGCAGUUUCGAAUUCCCAACGCUCCAGCAAUGCAACAACCUAAUGAAAAUUCUUAUUGGUUGGCAGGCCAGAGUAGCCUGUCUCGAUUUUCCAACAAUGAAAUAAACCAGCUUAACAAUUGCAUGGCAGCCUCGCAGAUGAAACGAAACUACGAGGCGGUUUUACUAGAAAACCGAAAUAGUCAGCUUCACCAAACAGGCAAUACUUCUGAUCCGAAUUUUUCAUCGACAAAGGAACAAUCGGUUGCGAUAGACACUUCGAUGUUCUCGAAAUCUCUUCUUAUGAACCUGACGAAGGAAGUAAUGGGCAUGGAGAGAAAUUGCGGGACACCGCAUCUUGCCAAAGUAACGCACAAUCCGAGCAUCCUGAGUACAUUGAAAUGCGCAAACUGUGGCUCGACAGGAUCUAUGUUCAAGUGUUUGGGAUGCGAGUUGACAUUCUAUUGUAACGAGAGCUGUCAAGAACAACAUUGGCUUUUGCACGGUCAAAAGUGUCCGAAGAAAAUGCCGAAACUAAAAAAGUUGACCUGAAUACCUUUGUGAGUGAAAGUUAAUCUGUAAGUUUAAAACUUAUUGUACCGGUGAUGAAUGUGAUACAUGUAAGUGUGUAUAUCGAGUAUAUGUAAAAUUGUAGCGAUGUUCACCUUAUGUGCAGAACAUACUGCGAUACUUCCUAUCAUAUAAAUAAGUGUUGCAGUGUGUGGUACAAAAAUGAUACUUUGCUGUUUGUUCUAACUAAUGGUAAGAGAUAAUUACAUAAGCAUUAAAAUAUAUUAUCGAUGCCUCGAAGUGAGACCGAUACUUUCGAUCAAUGUGACAAUAGGUAUUUCUUAACCUUUCGAGUGGACAUCUUUCUAGCGAGCUAUAAAGAGCCAAUGCAACUUUGGGUUCAAAAUAACCCUGAGUGGACUCGAAGUGUUAAGUAAUACGGGAUCGUAUGCUAUAAAAUUUAGAUGAAACAGGGUCUUCUGUGUGAUUAAUGUUAAGUGUUAUUUCCAGAUACUUAAUAGUCUGACGUUCGUCAGCACCAUAUUUAUAAUUGCGUUAAACAAUCAUACAUCCUUUGAUCUUACUUGUUUAGGUUUUGGAUCUAUCGACUGAUUACCAACUAUUCAAACUAUUGUGAUGCUUUGCUCAAUUUUUCAUUCCAAAGGUGAAAAUUAACAAAAAAAAAAAAAAAGUAUUUAUCAGAAAAGCUGAGAUAUUAUUGACACGGUUGGAGAAAACAAGUUUUUCCUCCGAAACUGCAACUGUGUAACGAAAUCUUUAUCUUAAACGUGACCCCUCUGUUUAGUUAGGAUUUUUUUAUUCUCUAUUUUUAUAUUUCUUAUUUUAAGUAUCACUGUUAAUUAAUUUUUCGGAGGUAUUUGCUGCACAGUGUACUAUCGCUCGGUAUUAAAAAAAUGAUAUCGCACAAAUUAUAGUUUUAUAUAAAACUGAAGUUGGAAGACCGACAUUUUUUUUCGGCCUUUAUGAGUUAUUUUUGUCCAGUCUAUUUCCGUUUGACGCAUAUUGUCCCUACAAAUGUUUUGCCUACUGCUCACCUAUUUUCUUCUAGGCGUAUAGAGUGUCAAUUUCGAUGUCUCUCUGUUAUACUGAAAGUUUGCGGGACCAGUGAAAUAAGUACGUAGUAUAAGAAAUCACAAUUAUAUCAUUUUACUGUCAGGUUAGAUUAGACCAUACUCUGUAUUUUUCCAAAUAGCCGUAUACAAAACUUAAUGUCAGUGUAAAAAAAAUAAAUGCUACAUAGCAGCCCUGGUACCUACAUGUGUGUGCAUGUGCGUGUGUACCACACUUGCGCGCAUGAUGUACAUGCACUUUCGUAUUGUAUACCUCUACUCUGACGAAUAAACGUACAAAAUUUUCAUGUAAAGUGUGAGGUUGAAGUACAAAAACAAUGAUUUUCCAUAUAAAAAUAUACUAUCUAUGUAUAUUUGUUCAUCGGAAUGAAAUUUGCGCGAUAAAAAUUGAUCCCGCGAUUCACAAGAGGCUUGUGUUUAUGGCUUCAAGAAUCUAUCUAUGACUUUUAUGUUAGUGAUGGAAUAAUAUAAGGUAUAAGGCAAUGCGAGUGAUAUUAAUGUUAAUUAUAAUCAUCAAUGUGAUGUGUAUUAAACUGUAUUAAAUUAUUGUAGUGUA